AUAUUUUAAAUGUUGAAGAGAAUUGCAAAGAACCUUAUCUCUGCGUUUACGGGAAAGCAUCCCUCUUCCCCUAAUCCCAGACUUUCAUUUUAUCCAUCCUGACAUAUUUCAGAAAAGCCACAAGGACAAAUAGAUAAGCGUUUAGCAUGGAAUAGUAGAUUCGUAGCGAUAGCCAUUCUUAAAUCCUGUUGUGUACUGUAAUCAUGGCUGCCGCCUCGCUGUCCGCGUGUUCUUUGGCCACCACAAAAUCUGUAGUGGGGAGGCAGAAUUUGCACUCCAGGGGAGCAAUGGCAAUGCCAAAACAGAGGAGGGCAGAAACGAUUUGUAUGGCGUCGUACGAGGCAGCCGUGGGAGUGAUGGGCACCAAGUUGGGGAUGAUGACAUAUUUUGAGCCGGAGGGGAAGUGUGUGCCGGUGACAGUCAUAGGCUUUCACGAGGGCAACAUUGUCACUCAGAUAAAGACAGAGUCCACAGAUGGGUACGUUGCUGUUCAAGUGGGGUACAGGCGAGUGAGGGACACCAAGCUUAGCAAGCCUGAAUUGGGCCAUCUCAGCAAAGCGGGGGCGAUUCCCAUGCGCCACUUGCAGGAGUUCCGCUUGGCCUCUGCAUCCCAGCUCGAUGCCUUCCAACCCAAUCAACGAUUGAACUUCCAUGAGAUGUUUGCCGAGGGAGAUCUGGUCGAUGUAUCUGCCACCUCCAUUGGAAAAGGAUUUCAAGGUGGAAUCAAGAGACACCAUUUUAAAAGAGGACCAAUGACUCAUGGUUCUAAAAGUCAUAGAGAGUUGGGAUCAAUUGGUGCUGGUACAACUCCAGGACGUGUUUACAAAGGCAAAAAGAUGCCAGGUAGGAUGGGUGGUAAAAGGACUAAGAUUCGUAAGCUGCCAAUAGUCAAAAUAGACAUGGAUCUUCAGGCAUUAAUGAUAAAAGGGGCUGUUCCUGGAAAGCAAGGGAAUCUUGUUAGAAUCACACCAGCAAAGAUUGUGGGUAAAAACAUACCAAAAAACUAGACAGCUUUUCUGAAUGUUUACAGAAAAAUGUGAAUUGAACUGUGAACUUUUUCAUCUUGCCUGGGAAGAUGGCCAUAAAUAUCUAUGUGAUGUCUCAUUUUAAUGUUU